AUGCCGCGACUGGCGAAUCUCCGGACAGGGUCAACGGACUAUGAGUAUGGUCGAAUCCAAAAUAACCACACUGCUUCUGGCAGACGUAUCGUCGUCGAUUGCAAAUUCCCUCCGAUACCGAAGAAGGUGAACACAAAGUUGAAGCGAAAUGCCAUUUGGGGACUUAUAGGGACUGCCAUCUUCCUAAUGAUCGGCUUCAUGGGAGUCGCGAUAGCUUUCACCGUCAUGUUCGCUGUCAAAUCCCCCAAUUUUGGCGGCUACAACCCCGACAGCCCAAGCCCAGACAGCCCAAAAUACGCUCUCUACAAAAACACUCGAUUUGAGGAAUGCUACAGUACACCGGCAUCUACGACAGACUGUGCCGCUAUACGGGUCGCUCUGAAUGCAUCCGUCACUGAUGAUAUAACUGGUUUCAGGGACAAUAACGUCGGGUUCCUCAGCAGUGAUCUGGUAUACAACAAUGACAGCAACCUAAUCGGGGACUGGUGCGAAGCCAUCAGCUGCUUUGAUGAGUACAAAGUCAUUCCGUCUACUCCGCGCGAUUUGGCCUUUUUGCCGACUGUCCUCACUAGCUGGGCCGCAUCUGCUGGCUUUCUAGUAGGAUCGCUGGUACAGCUUUGGCUACAGCAGAAAGCGUUGUAUAGCCCGGAAAAUAAGCCCUGCAAAGGGCUCCGUGAUAUACAUUGGUACAGUUGGCCGUUUAUUAUUGCCGAUCUAUGUUCGUUCGUCUGGUGGUGGAUUUCAUUUGGGAAACUGGUUGCCGCUCCAGAGAGCGCUGCCACACCCUUUGUAGUCGGCUGGGUCAUCCCCUGGAAAUAUGCCGGUCUGUUCAGAUUUCAUCCAUUUUCAUGCGCAUUUGGGAAAAACCGUCGUGGGCAGCUGGUUACACGGUGGAUCUUCUACAUCCUAGCGGUGAUACAGUAUAUUGCUUCGUGCUACGUGGCGCAUGUCAAUUUUCCCAUCGAUUUACUUGGUUCUUCUGUAUGGGGCCAACGUGCGCCAAAUCCAAGUUACGAUUGCGUGCAGUCUCAAAUCAACGCUGCGCCCGGAGCCUCGACUUGCUCAGCGACAGAGAUCUGCUCUCGCAAUUGGCUGUUCGUUGAUCCUCUGUAUCAAUUCACCGGUGAGCAUCCAUACUCAGUAUUCGCUGUCUGGUUUAUUUUCUCGACGUUGACAUUUGCGGCCCUUGCCCCUGUCUUUAUGAUGACCGUUGGACUUUUCGAGAGAGGCAAUAGUUCGCCUCUUAGCGAUCUACGAUGGGGAGAUCCAGGACCAAUUGCCAUCCUUUCAUUGCUCUCCUUUUGUGAGAUUGUUGUUGGGGGCCUACUUAUUGAGGAUAUCGUAGAUAGACUCAGUUUACAUCCUUACGCGUCAGUCACCCUUGACUGGGAAUGUCAGGCUAUUCAUGUUGGGAUGAGUUCCUGGAGGUAUUAUAUUGAUGUCCACUACGGACAGGGGUGGCGAAUUGCUAAGAUGUGGUUCAAUUCUUGA